CCUAAACUUACGUCAAUCUCCGCCGCCAUCCUGCCAGCCUACCCUAUGGCAUAUGAUACGGACAGAAUGAAAGCUACCAAAUCAAGCCAUGAUGAGUGUAACAGAUAUACACAUAGUACUCACAUUAAGUGACAAUCUGUCUUGCUUGCUUGUUCUACCUUUUGGUGUUCUAGUCCUUCUAGCCUCGAAGACCGAGUUGCUCUUAUUGUGUGUGAAUACUUUGAUCCUACCACAUCGUCAUAUUUUGGCUUCCUCACGGACCAUUGUACGACAAGACGAUUAUAACGUAUUAUGUACGUACGAAAAAUAAACAGAGAAUACAGGAAGCUUGUCCUAGGUUUCAAACCAAACCCUGAAAAACAAUGAAAGCAAUCAUCCAAGCCACCUUGUUGAACUACCUUACAUAAAGAAGAACUAUCGAGACCCAAUCAUCAUGAUUUACUGUAACAGAAACCCAACCACGGAGUGUAACAACAAACAACACAAUAUACACCAUGGUUGAAAAGCGACAACCAAGCCCUGGCUUCAUUUCUAAUCCAUUUAUCAAAAGAAGAAAUCUCGAAUGGACACUCGACACACCAUCGCCUUCACAGCUACCAACAACUGCUGACAUAGAAUCGGGAUCAGCCACUGUAGAGGACCAUCUUGCGCAUUUCAAAGCGCAUCUCUCCAGGCAUAUAUCAAGCCCAUCGCUGCUAUCCACAUCAUCAUAUAGCUCACUUUAUACCGAAAACAUUGGAAGCUCUGCAGGCGCUCAUUUCGUCAUUCAUCAACAUGACCACCCAAUUGCUGGCACGCACUAUGACCUCCGUCUUCAGAUCAAUGAGACCAGUAGCGUUAGCUGGGCGAUCAUGUAUGGACUCCCUGGCGACCCUCAGAGUACACGAUUGAAUCGCAACGCGACAGAGACGCGAAUUCACUGCCUAUGGAAUCAUCUCAUUGAGACUGCCUCAGCCUCAACCGGAUCACUUCUCAUUUGGGACUCGGGAACAUAUAGCAUCCUCCCCCGUCAAAGCAAGCAUGCCCCAACGACUGAUCCGUCCUCUCCAGCGUCCUCACCAGGUCCAUCGUCCGCGCCAACACAGCAAGCUCUUCUGCACGCCGCUUUUCAGAAUCGUAAAAUCCGCAUUCGACUGCAUGGAUCGCGCUUACCAGAUCCAUAUGUUCUAAACAUUCGUUUAACCAGGUCAGAAGAUGUUGCCGGUAAAGUAAGGAGAGAAAAAACAAAUCGGAAACGACGACGUCGUCAUGCCCAGGCAGAGACGCAACCUGAGACAAGUGAUGAGGACAGUGAGGGUGAUGCGAGUAAGGAUGUCCCUCCAAACACUGAUGCGGGAACCGAUGCAGACGACCUUUCCGCCAUGGAGCGUGAGCUACGUGAGCUUGAAGACGAAGAGGUCCGCAGAACAAAUGCGUAUACGGGGGCUUCUAAUACCAUCGGUAGUGUACACCAACGACGAUGGUAUCUUUCACUUGACCGCCCGGCUUGUGGGUUUGUGGAAGAAAUAAUCAAGAACCGCUCAGUUUGGAAACUCGGAGACGGUACGGAGACUAAGAACAAACAGAAUGACAACGGACGCUUGUCAUACCCAUUCUACGUCCGGGGGCCAGAUCAUGAGCGUAGUGUAUUAACAGGACGGCUAGGAGCUGAUGUUCUCCGAGACGAGGGCGUGGAUAAAUUUAUUCAGCGUAAAGGCUGGAAGCCAGUGCUGAAAUGACAGCCCCCCAGGGAAGACAAGACACGCGCAGUGUCUGAAUAGACUAUCAAAAUUUAUUGUGUAGACUACAUGAUACCUAGGCUUGUGCCACA